CCAUUUAGUAGUUAAUGUCACAAACUGAUAGUACAAAAACAUCAGGUUAAAAAGUUAAGAAAUCUUUAAUCAGUCCUUUAAGAGAAGCAUUUAAUCAUUUUACAAAAUCUUAUAGAUUCUACAUUUCUAAUGAAGAAUAAAUAAUUGAAGUAGUGAUAGAUUUACCUUCUCAAACUGAGCUUGUGAUUGCAAUCAGUCGUGCCUUAUAAUAAGCAAGCAAGGAUUAUCCAAUUGAUUAAAAUCCUAAAAAUUAUGAAGCUUAUAUAGCAAAGAAGAAUGGAAAACCUAAAACUGAUUUUCCUUCAUAUUCAAUUGAUCUUAAGAUGGAGUAGACUUAAAAUUUUGUAUUCUCUCUUGUUCAUGUAACAUUUUAAGAAAGAAAGCCAAAAAGAAAAUCUACUUAUGAUUAUACAAACAACUACAGCCCAAUCAAACAAGGAUAAAUCAAAGAUAUUGAUGAAAUCAAAGGACAAAAGAAUUGGCUUCUUAGAUUUUUGGGUUGUGGUUGA